AUGGAUCAACAAACCGUCUUGACGGCGUGUGUUGCGCUUUUUUUUCUAUGUUGCGUUUCUCCUGCACAUGCGGUAAGUUGUAACCAUCCUCAGCUGCUCCAAAGUGCGUGUCUUUUUUUACCCUUUUUUCAUGCAUAACUUCUCCCACUCGUUUUUCAGCGCCUACAAUCCCCUGUGCUUGAAAGUGUAAUCUCCAAAGAGCCCCCCAGAGAGAGCAGGAAAGGUAAAUUUCACCUCUAUCAUGUGUUUAAUGUAGAGGAAAAAGAGGGGGUCGAUUCACAUUGAACUGGGAGGCAGUGUGAUGUAUUUAUAGCUGCAGAAAGUUGCUGGUGCAACAUAAAUCUGGAGCAUGUGAGAUCUAGUGCUUGUUCAUGCUGUAGAGCAGCAUGAGUUAGGUUUUCUGAAGUGAGGAUCACAGAUUUACUGUCCUCUGAUUGAAACCUUGGACAAAGUCAAGGGUGUUUGUGUGUGUGUGAGGCACAACAUAGUGUAUUUUUAGACAACUCCUUUGAGUUUAAUCUUCAUGUAAAAUCAAUGCAAACACACUUUUUGUAACGCUUCUUUUUUUUUUUACAGUUCUUACCACAACAGGCAAAGAAUGCAAAUUCCCAUUUCGCCAAGGUGGAAGGAUUCAUCACACCUGCAUCACCAUACUGUCCUCAAGACCGUGGUGAGUCCUCCCAUGCCAAACCCUGUCUUAGUCUACUUCUCCUAAUAGGUACAGGUGCUGCUUUGUCAUUGCUGGAUUUACUCAGACCACAGAUUACACUGUCAUACAGACUGGAGUGUUGCAUCAGAGACAUUUGUUUUUUUCCUUCAGACAAUGCGGUGAUGACUCUGUUUUGCUUGAGGACAGGUGUAUUUUCAUGUAAUUGGGGAUUUUUUUGUGAUAGUGUCUACAGGAGAUAUUAUAUUUUUAAUGAGAUAAUGAGCUAAUUGGCCGACACACGGCUUUGUUGGUGGGAUUUGUAACGACUUGUGUGUCCUAGAUUUGGAUAUUAUGAAAAGGUUUUUUAACGAACAGUUGAAAAAAAGGCAGAAAUGGUGGUUGUAGCCAAGGAUUUCAAAACAUUAUUUCCUCGUAUAAUUUGUCUUUCAGCUGAGUAAUCCUUUGUCACGCUACGAACCAUCGCUCUGUGGUUUCUAUUGCUCCAGAUUGUGACACAGCAUCUAAAUCUUUUAACGGGACGGUUUUGCUAAAGGGCUCUCUAGUUCUCUUCCUUGGAACGGAGAUAAAGAUGGGUGGAUGCCAGCAAGUUGGAGCAACAUCAAUGCAAUUACAUAUGGCCCAACUUUUAACGUCUUCGGUCCACCUGCAAAUAAAGUUUGUGCAACAUAACCAUGAGCGUGUUUCUGCAACGCGCUCAUGAAGUCAGCGUGAGGAAUAGUUUGGCAUUUUGUGGUAGAGAUUCAGUGAGUGAUGCAGAGGCAUGUUGGUGUUACUUUGAUUCAUUUAGUGGAUGAUUGACAGAGUUAAUAAGCGUUGCUUGGUUAUGGUUGCUUUUCUUUCUCAGGAACAAACUGGUCUCAAAGUGUGCAGAACUUUAAACACAGAGAGCAGCUUGGCAGGGAUCUCAGUUUGGGGUGGAUAAAAUCAUCAUGGUCUUAUUGUGUUUUCUUUUGUCACGUAUUUCAAAAGAGUUGAUCCUAACCUUGUGAGAUAGAAAUAUACACGGAUACAAAGAGUAUGAAAUGAUAAAGUCUCGUAUUUUGCUUGUCUCUCCUGUUUCAGGUGCUCCCUCACACAUAAUUUUGACCGAGACAGGAAGUGGGGCUUCUGUGCCCCGGAUAAAACUCAACCAAACAGUCAGUUUAAAGAAAAAAACACAUGUACUUUAAUGUGGAAGUGACAGUUUUCUGCCACUUUUAGUUUACCUGUGUAUCCUGUGACUAAUUAUUCCUCGUCGAUGUGUUUCAGUUUUCGUCCACACAUCCCGCGGAGUCACAAAUCCCUGUCAGGCGAACCCGUGUCAGAAUGGAGGCGUCUGCACAUUGAUCCCACACAGACUCACGUUUGAGUGUUCCUGCCCUGAGAGCUUCACCGGGAGACUCUGUGAGCAAAGUAGGUCGACUAAUUAUUACAACUCCAUGAAAAAACAAAACAUAACACCGGGUUUUUGUCACCCUGUCGACUUCUGCACAGUGAAACAUCCGUUUUAAUGAGUGAUUAACUUUCCAAUUACCUGACACCUGACAAGUGUCUGCCAGGAAGCUGUACCUCUGAGACAUUUUAAUUAACUACCUUCAUAAUAGGCCUCAUUAUGAUAUAUGGAAAUAUAAUUAGGAGUUAAUUACAUUACAUUUGACUCCAUUCACUUAAUUUCUACUUGUAGUAUCAAAACGACCUUUUAAAUACCUUUGGAUGAUCAUUAUUGUGCUACUGUAUUAUAAUCAAGUUAUGUUGAAUUAUAAUGUGACAUUAUAAUCUUGUUAAGAUUUCCCUCCAUUAUUUGUUCAAGGACAUUGGUCACACUGAGGAAGGAAAACAGAGUUUUUUAGAAUACAUAAUAUUCCAAGGAUACAGAACUUUAAGUCACAAUAUAGAAGGAAUAAGUCCGUGUAUUUUAACUUAUUCUCAGAAUACUUCAGUCUCAUGGUAACAUAACUUUUAUUGUACCUACAACUUUAUAAUAUCUUAAAUCUUGUAAUAUUUUAACUCACUUUGUCUUGAAACAUAAAGAAUUAAUUUCUGUCUGGUCAAAACAAUCAUUAUCUGAUGACUUUGUUCUUUAAAGCUCCUGUGAGGAACUUUUACUUUGUGUGAAUUUUGGCGCCCCCCUGUGGACAUAGCUGCAUUUUCUUAUCCUGUCUUCUUAAUUUGUGUCUUUUGACUAGAAACCUCAUCCUGUUGACUUUUGAUACUUAAAUCUGUCAUUCAAUGUAAAAAAUUUACAACAGCCGUUUCUUCUGACACCUCCCCCCUCACACUGGUUUCAGGCUUUUACAUCAACAACAUGACAGUCAUGAAUCUUGCCGGUGACGGUCUUGUGUGCUUUUAUAUAUAUCACGAAAAGGUUUAAAUUUGAGUUUCAGUCUGUUUUAUAAACAUCAAAAACUCCUCACAGGAGCUUUAAUGUAAAGAGUUGUACUUCUAUGACACUAACUUUUUUUCUUUUUAAGAUUACCACAUCAUUUUUUAACUUUAGUUCUAUGAUAUUCAGAUUAUAUUCUUGUAAUAUUACAAUUUAUGUGUCUCAUUUUUCUACUUUAAUGAUUAAUAUAAUCUAUGACAUAAUAUAAGUUCAUUUUUACAUAAUCUGCCAUCUUAAAAACCAAAACUAAAAUUUCACGUGAAACCUCCUUAUCUUCCCUCUUUAUCGGUUUCUCCUUUUUUCAAAAUUGCAGAGGUCAUGGAAAAGUCUGUUAUGAUUCAUUUGCAAGAAGGUUUCACUCUUUAUUCAAACUCAUUUCAGUGUUUCACCUCUAAUAAGGCAAAAUUGUAGAAUCAUAAGCAUGAAGACAAAAGUGUAGUCAUUCUGAAUGCAUCUUUCACAGCAUUGAACUUUGUUCUUAAUGCUCCAUUGAGCCCUUCAAUCUCCUUUUUUUUUGUGUGUGUGUCCUGUCGGCGUCUUUUUUUCCAGAGAAGUGCUAUGAAACCGUACACCUGCGCUAUUAUGACACCGGAGAGUCUUGGGGCCGGAUUCACCUUCGUAACGUGGAACAGUGCUCAUGUAUGGCAGGACAAAUCAAGUGUGAAAGAGUGCGCUACACAAGUAAGACGCUCUUUGUUCUUUCGCCUCAGAGGUGUCUUGGGUUCUGCUCGUCAGAAAAGUGGCACAAGUUGAAAGCAUUUGUUGACAGUACAAAAAAAAAAACACUGUACUCAGCAAAGCGCGUAUGAGUUAAAUGAACUUUCCAGAACAAACACACUUUCACUUUUAGCUUUAACACCCUGAGUUUUUACUUUCAAAUCAAUCCUCAAAUGGCCACGCAGGUCUCCUCCCUGCCUGAAGAAACGCUUUGAUUCUUUGAUCACAGCUCCAUAGUUACAGGAGUAACCUCGCCACGGAAGAAAAGACAGAUUAUAUGACUCACUGUGACUCAGGCAUGGUGUUUUAGGACACACCCCAUGGGUCCGUGAGGUGCUUUCAUCUCAGCGGGGGGAUGUUCAUGUGCAUUUUACAGAUACCCUGGCAUAAAGGAGAGAAUGGCAGUGGGCUGGUUUCAUGCUCCCUCCACCGAAACUGUCUUUUUUGUCAUGAUGGUCGGGGCUUGUCUUACACAGAGUCUGGGAAAAAAAAAUCCUCCACCUGAGUAUGCUUUGAAAUGCGACUGUAUUUCAAUUUCACACUGACGUCUCUUAUUUUCUGUCUCAUACCAAGUGACCUCAGUGUAGCGAUGGCGUCAUUGUUUCCCAACAUAUUUCUCAGAUGUUGCAAUAGAUCUUUAGGGGAUACACAGACUCAGAUAAACUUUUGUACAUUACACCUCAGGGCUAGUUUGAACACCACGUUUAAAGUCGCUUGUGAAGACUUAAAAGACCCACAACGUUCUGAAGAUAAAAACUCACCUUGUGAUGCCGAAACUGGCAAACAUUAUAAUUGCUUAUUUAUGCAACCAGCAGACCGACUUCUAAAGGAAGUUCCUGGCGUGCUAGCAGCUGAACUGUUUGCUAUUUUAAACUCUUACUUCUCACUUUAUUAUCAGCUAUUGUGGUAUAAACAUGUGCGCCCCGCUUUGCCUCUGCUUCCAGCGUGUCGUUCGAACCCGUGUCAGAACGACGGAACAUGCCGAAUGAUCACGGCCACCGGCAAAGAAGUGUGUAGCUGCAGACGUGCGUUCAGUGGGCCCCACUGCAGCUUUGGUGAGUGAGGGCAGGACUGUAACAACAGGUAGUGAUAUUCUCUAUUUCGAGUCCUCUGUGCUCAUAUGGUACAUGUUCAUGCAGGUGUGUGCGCACUAUAAUGGUUGAAUUAAUGGAAGCAGGUGAGGGCAUGCUGCUGAACUCGCACUAAGCUGCAGUUACUGUUGUACUUAAUGCAGAUAAAGAUUUUCUCCUCGGACUUGUUCUGACGGAUUCUUGUGUCACUGACAGAAAUCAACUCAUCUGUAUCCAAAUAUUGUCUGAUCGUAUUGUUGAACUCAGCAGAAUCUGGACUGGCUGUUUGUUUUUGAGUGUUUCUGCUUUUUGUGCGUGCGUGUGUGUGCAGAGCCAGAGACCGAGUGCUAUAACAGCAGGGGCAGAGAUUACAGAGGGUUGGUGAACACCACGGUGUCCGGUGCCCACUGUCUGCCUUGGAACUCGGACCUGCUGUACGAUGAGCUUCAUGUCGGCACGCUGGGGUCCUCGCCCCUGAAGGGUCUCGGAGAACAUGCCUACUGCAGGUGUGUGUGUGUGUGCUGGUAUCUUUGAUGAUAAGCUAGCUAGGAUUAGAAUUAAUGUCAUGCAGAAGAGAGUGCAAAAUGACAUUAUUGGCGAUGAGCUACAAAUUUACAUGAGAUAUCUCCCUGCAACCAAUACAUCAAUAAGACAUGCUGCAGAGCAAGUGUGCACUAAUUCAGAGAUGGUAAUGUUAGGUGGAAAUAAAUCAAAGAAGAUGCACAAAUGGAUUGGGGGUGUAAAUAUACUUGGGCGACCCACCCAUAGAUCCCUCUGUUUGCAGGAAUCACUUCAAGUCAGUACAGUCCACCGCAGAGCAGGUUACUGUGUUCAUUUUGAUGUUUUUCAAAUAGGUUUAAUUUCACUGAAUGCCGUAUUUUUUUUUUAAACUGGUGUGAGGAAGGAAGCCCAAGAAUGAACUCUGAUUUUACAGUUUCAGACACACAAUACUCAAAAGAUUUUUUUGUGUAUCUUGAUUUGAAAGUUUGACCAUGUCCCAUCUGUCAACAUGGAGAAGGUGGGCUGUGAAAACUAACCUGUUAGAGGAGCUUCAAAUAUUUGGGAAGAAAAACGAAGAAAAUUUUACUAUGACCACAUUUUUUUCUUAAAUUGGUAAUUAUAAAAACCAAGGAGGUUUAUCUGCUUUGGCGAAAUGUUUUCUCGGUUUUAAUUCAAUCUUACUUCAAAGCUGAAAUAUCAAACUUCUGCCCACAAAACCACCAUGUGUAUUAAAGAAACACAUGGAGAACCCAGCCUGUGUAUGAUUGGAAACAGGUCUUAUCUUCUCCACAUUCACUCUUCUCUCUCUUCAGGUUUUGUUGUUGCUAUGACUACCCUGCAGCCAUAUCAUUCACCCAUAGCCAGUGGUACGAGCUGCAAAAAAAAACGUUUUUAGCAUCAAAGACAAAUCCAUUUCAAGCAAACACCAGGAUUAUUUUUGGGCACCAACACACGCUGAGACCAUCUGAAAGGCCCAGACUCUGCUGUUUGUUCUCUUUAAAAAAAAAAGUAGCAGCUUUGUUCCUAGAAAUUGAAAAGUACAGGCGUUUGUUCUUCUUCCUGUUGAAAAAGUGGUCGAGCCCUUAAGCCGAUUAUCUCCUGUGAUACGCUGAGCUAAAACAGCGGUGGGACCCUUACACACUGUGUUCUGCUGUGUUUCUGUGUGUGCGCAGAAACCCAGACGGAGACAAGAAGCCGUGGUGCUACACGCUUAAUGACGGCGCCAUCUCCUGGGAGUACUGUGACGUCCCCUCCUGUGUCAUGUCCGUGUGUGAGUAAGAAAGACACAGUCAUUUCGAGGAAAAACUUGCAUUAUGUCUCUUAAGGCGUCACUCUUCAUUGAGAGGCUCCUUCUCUCAGUGUUUGCCUCUGGUUAUUAUUGGUUUUCAUGUUUAUAUAAGCCUUUCUCUAAUGAGCUUUAUCAAGGAUGGCAUUGAUUCCAUCAUAAUCAGGUGUGAAAUGUUACGACUAUUUCCCGAGGCCACUUGUUGUAUCACUCAGUAUCUCCAGUGUACUAGCCUUGAUUGUAAGACACAGUCUGCAACACUUGUCGUCCUGAAAAAACAUCCAAACGCCUCAUUAAAAUACCUCCGCUUUUAAUUAGAAAGCCAGUGUUUGUGAUAGGAACUGACAGCACGGAGAAUACAGCUAAUCCCUGCUGAGUCAAGCGUGGUACGCUCUGCAGAGCCAGAGUCAAAUGUUUUUUCUUUUUUUUUUUCUUUGGAAGACGUAUUCCCGAUGAGAUAGGGGGAAAUAAGGUCCUGAUUCAUCCUGAGUCAACAAGUCAUGUCAGGUGGAUCCAAAUGUUAAUGUGUUGAGUGGGAUUUGGCACAGGCGGCCCCGUCUGUCGUGAUGCCAGGAGUAUGCACCAGAUCCUUUUCAGCAGCUUCUACCAUCUGCUCUGCACGCAUCGGCAUAUGAAUAUUUGCAUGAGGAUGCUCUGUUACCAUGACAUGAUCACACUGUAGAUGAGCCUUUCUGCUUCUUGCAGGGGAGAAUCUUCCAGGUGCAAAAUCCAAAAUACUCAGAAGAGGUACUUCGGAAGUGUGUUGGUGACAUGUUAUAGCUUUUAGACUAGUUUGCAGUGAAUUAGUUUGUAGCUCAAAGCUCCUGUGAGGAAAUUUUAAUUUGAGUCAGAUUUGGCGCCCCCUGUGGGCAAAGCUGUACCUCUUAAAUCUUGGUUUGUAGGACUGUCACAUUACACUGUAAUUCACUAUAACCUUAAAAACAAAACAUUGACAUAUUGCUGAAAAUAAGCAAACAGUAAAGGUCUUUACAUACCAGGAGCGAUUUUUUCAUGCGAUUAUUUCCGAUGUCAAUAUUUUUUUUCUAACCUGUAUCCUGUCAAUACAGGCAUUCACAUCAGUGACAUUUUCCCGUCGUGUCACGGUCGAAUUUUCUAAAGUUUCGCAUACUGUGUGUUCACUUCUGACCAAUCAGAUUUCGAGUUGUUGUGACGUCAGAUUCACCCGUAUAUCCAACAUGGCCGACCGGCUGAUUGUUUAUGCGUCGGAGAACAGAGUGCUUUUUGAUAAAAGACACAAACAUUACAAAGAUAACGACCUGAAGGACAACUUGUGGAGAGUCAUAGCGUCGGAUUUCUCAUAUGACGAUGGUUUGUGUGCUUUAACAGUUUGCUAAAUGUCUUUGUUUUAACUCUCAUCUGUGCUAAUUAACUUUAGCUCGUAAGCUAACCUGUUCAGAUACAACAUACCAUAUGUAUUUUCACUGUCUCAAACUCAAUCGUGUUGCUGUCACAGCACCAUUAGGUCUCGGUUGUUACCUUACGUUUAUGGAUUAUAGUUUAAUGUGCUUAUCUGGUACUGGCCCUGACUCAGUACAUGCUAUCAUGACAGACAGACAUCUCAACACUAGUGUCUAUAGUGAGGCGCAUCAAAAUUCCCUCCAAAUAUUUCGUAAUUUCGUGUUGUAUAUUUGUGUCAUUACCGGUGUGUAAGGACCUUUACACAGUGACUUAAUCAUAGUGGUCGUUUAUGUAGUUUGCCACGUAUCGUAAAAUGGGAAUGACGAAGAGGAAGUAGCAGACUGCUAGCAAGCUUGCAAAGUAGCCAUCUGAGAGAUGAUUCAACACUUUUAAAACUGAAGCAACUUUAAAGCAAGAUAGAAAAAAAUAUCAGAAUAAAAGGAGUCCUCUCCAAAGACGAUUCAGUCACAAGGUUGUUGAUAAAUCACAAAUCUGAUUAUUGUUAGAAAUUGAUUUUAAAAUGUAAGCUCGUUGUAAUUAUCGCCCUUGUCUUCCUUCCUUCUUGUCUUUCCUCAGAUUGACUCAUUUUCAGUUUUCCACAAAUUUCUUGAUAAAAUUGUAAACCGCAGUAUUUUGUGAUAAUCAUGAUAUCUUGACAGCUCUAGUGUGGCCCUAUCUUGCAUUGGGUCCAUAACUCAAUGUCUGUUAUCUGAAUUAAUUACUGGCGUCUGUAACCAGAUAAAAAGUCCUCACAGGAGCUUUAAAGUUGCACUAAAUUUACAAAAAUGCGCUUAAACUUGUUUUCUCUUGUAGCGUCCGCCAGAAGGAUAAUGCUGCCUGCUGUUAGAAAACCAAAGAAGCCCUCCAGAUCAGGCAGGAAGGCUGUGUGCGGGAAAAAGCACAAGAAGAGGUUAUCCAUAGCGAGGGGAAGGAUUCUGGGUGGAAACUCUGCACUGCCGGGUACUCACCCCUGGAUGGCAGCCAUUUACAUCGGACAGUCGGACUUCUGUGGAGGCACGCUGGUCUCGUCUUGCUGGGUCGUCUCUGCAGCUCACUGCUUCUUCCGCAAGUACGUGGUGGAGUGGAGUCAGGGUUGUAAAAGUAUUCUUGGGAGAGAAUUAUUUCCUCUUAAUUGUUUUCUGGCUGUUAUCGCUGAGCGAGGGGUCACACACCGCUAGAAGAGAGUCAUUCAAAGACCGUGACCCUUCACCAUCACAGCUUUAUGAACAGGCCAAAUUUAGACAAGCGUGCAGUUCGAGGAAAACCUAAAAACAUCCCCGUGCACAGAGGCCGUCAACAAACAGGAAUGCUGCUAUUGUUCAGGUUCAGAUCUCCUUGACUUUAGCGUUAAAUCAUUAAACUGGAUGUCACUUUAACGGCCGUUUAAUCUUCGUAAAACCGCCGUUUGUGAAGGAUUCAUUAUAUGAUACCUGCAAGGCUCUCCUUCCAAACGCACUGUUCAAGCCAAGCUGUUUUUAGUAUCAGCCCGGGAUUUGAUUAAACUAAUUAAGAAGUCCACAAUGUUCAUCACACCCCACAGCACAACAGUGACGAACAUAAUGAAGAGCAUACUGGAGAUUCUGCUGUUAUUAGAGUCUUAGCAGCAGUAGGUCUGAGCGCCAAGUGAUCAUUAAAAUCAGGUUUCAAAUGGAGAGGUUGAAUCCGAUGGGAAGUUACGUGGAUCAGAUUAUUAUCAUGGAAAUACAGAGCUGACCAGCUGUCUCUACUUCCUGCACAGAUGAGAAUAAUCCAUUUUGAAGAGCUGUUGGUUUAGGUUCACGCACCAAACUUUCUUCAUGAUUUAGGCCUACAAAGUCACGUCGUCAUAGGGAUUCAACUUCAAUUCUCGUGAAUUUCAAGGAAAUUAAAAAUGCAACCACCAGCUGUCGAGCCCCUUUGGCUUGAGACCAAAAUUAAUCAAAGUGUGUCUCUCCGCGCAGCCCCCUCAAGUCCCAGAUUCGCGUGGUCCUCGGACAGCAGCACUUCAACGCCACAGGUUUCAACACCGUGACUUUCGGAGUGGAGGAGUACAUCUUUCCAAAGCAGUUCUCCGUGUUUAAUCCAACUGUACAUGACAUAGGUAACUCUCAAACACACUCAAAAACACCAAGUGACUCACAUAAACUAGGAGACCUCCUGCUCCCCAUUCAGAAACACACUCAAGACGUUAGUUUGUGUGCACAGCUGUGGGUUACCAAGCAGCUGUGCUCCCCCACACCAACACACACACACAUACUUAAAGACUUAGACAUACAGACUCACGCUCACGCACUUUAGGGUGUGGCGGUUUCAUUGGCUAACGGAGCCUCCAAGUCUGCCGCUUGUUGCGUCAUUUUACUACAUUUUUCUGCCUUUUAUUUCAAUAACGCUGCGUUUGUGUUGCCAGUUCUGGUCAAACUGAAGAAGAAGGACGGGCGGUGUGCGAGGAGAACCCCGUUCAUCAGACCCAUCUGUCUCCCAGACAAAAACAUGACCUUCCCAGAUGAAUACUGCUGCACUAUUAGCGGCUGGGGACACAAGAAUGAGAGUGAGUGAUGAGGAAAUCACGCCAUUGUCACUUUUAGCUGUCUGCUUUUUUGACUUAAGCUGAUUACAGCAAGUGCAACACCUCCGUCUGUCUGUGCUAACCAAUGUCAAGGUUAUGUGGGUGUCUACAGAAGUCACGUCCCUUCAUACGAGCUCAAUCCGAUUGUAUUGAAAUGAUGUAUUUGUGUUUUCUUCGACAGAGGAUGAGGGUUACUCCACUCUCCAGGAGGCUGGGGUCAGACUCAUUCCUCACAGCACUUGCAAGAAGCCAGAAGUUUACGGCAACCACGUCACCUCAAAUAUGUUAUGUGCCGGGCUCAACGGCUGCGCUGACGCCUGCCAGGUAGGAGAGCGUUUUUGUAAGACUCACAAUGAUUAUUAUAUCAAAGGCCGGAGAGGACAUUUAUGUGGAAUUGCUUAAAUAAAAACACUCGAAUGAUGUGAUUGAGUUUACGAUCGUGUCGAGGGGUCAGGCUGAGUUUUUCUGUUUUAGUCUGUUUGAUUUAGGAAUUGAUAGAUAUCUGUUAAAAGUGGACUCCACAGCUGCUGAAAUCUCAGCUCUAGCGGGGUGGAAAUCAGGAAAUCGACUGAAGAUAUGAGAGUAAUGGAGAGGCUCUGAAGACAGCAGCAGGGGAUUCCCCGAAGUGAAGUGUUUUAAGGGGGAAGGGGGGGAGACAAUGGUCUGAAAAGCAGCAGGGAGAUCUCCAGCCUGCUGUGUGAAAUAUUUCAGCUCCUUCCUUUCAAAUUAAAUGUCACAGUUGUUUAUUUACCGCAUGGGUAGAGGUAAUUUGCUUGUGUUACAUUAGAUUUCAAGCGUGUGACUCAGCCGCCAGUGCAGCUCCUUUUUGAUCUGUGGUUGUAUGUUUAUGUAAGCGGACUGUAUGUGUUUCCCCAGGGUGACUCGGGAGGCCCGCUGGCUUGUGCGAAGGAUGAUGUCAGCUUCCUGUAUGGGGUCAUCAGCUGGGGGGAUGGCUGUGGCCGCACUGGAAAACCUGGUGUUUACACUAAAGUAGCGAACUAUAUGGAUUGGAUCAAUUCAGUAAUUAAACGCAAACCUAAGCCUUCAUGA